AAUAAAUCAAUUAUUAAUUAUUGUAAACAACAAAACAACUAAAACAUUGACCACAAUGUUAUACCUGAGCGCAGGCCUACUGUUAAGCCUAUGCCUGACUAUCGGCGCCGAAACGGUGGACGUGAAGACCAGCUCCGGGACAGUCAGGGGUCAGACAAUCGUCGAGAUGGAGAAAAGGCUGAACGUAUUUCUAGGCAUACCAUUCGCUGAGCCCCCAGUGGGUGCCCUCCGGUUCGCCCGACCCCAUCCCAUCACUAAACCGGCACCGGGCAUUAUAGACGCGACCAAAAAGAAAACUUCAUGUCUGGGCGGCGACCAACCGGUGGCUGAGGACUGUCUGUUUGUGAACAUAUGGGCCCCGCAUAACACUACCGGUGCUCUCAAACCAGUAAUGUUUUGGAUAUACGGCGGGGGCUUUCAGUCCGGAUCAAUAUUCUCGGACAUGUAUAACGGGAAGUCAUUGGCCGCGUCUGAUGUGGUGUAUGUGUCGGUCGACUACCGGUUGGGCUCUUUGGGCUUUCUCUAUGGCGGCGAUGACGUCGAGGCGCCCGGAAAUCUCGGUCUAUUAGACCAACUCGAAGGGCUUAAAUGGGUGCGGCAAAACAUCCAUCUGUUUGGCGGCGAUAGAGAGCGGAUCACUGUCUUCGGUGAGAGCGCCGGCAGUAUAUCGGUGUCGGCGCUGGUGUUGUGCCCACUCGCCAGAGGGCUAUUCAAACGGGCGAUCCUCGAGUCGGGCGCUCAGCUCUGGACCCGUAGUCACACCCACACAAAGUCGGCCGCUUUGGCCGAAGCCCGGCGUAUGGCAACACAUUUCAAGUGCACGGAUGACAACACUUGGUUAGACUGUCUGCGCAAUGUGUCCGCUAAAGAGGUUCACGAUUACCCCGGUAUUACUGUUGGCCCAUUGGUCGGCACCCACUAUAUGCCAAUACUGGCACAGGAGGCGUUUAAUACAGGCAAAUAUAAUACAGACGUGGAUUUGAUGGCCGGAGUGACGCGAAACGAGGGCUCAUUUCUGGCGCCCAGAAUCGCCGGUAAUUUCACUAAAGAUAUAUUGAAGGCAGCGAUUAAGUGGACGGUUGGCGACACCGAUGUGAAUAAAGUGCUCGACUUUUACCUUAACGGUACGGCGCCCGACAACUAUACGGCCAACCGGUGGGCCUAUUAUGACAUAUUUGGCGAUACGUUUAUGAAGUGCAAUACCUAUCUGUUUGCUAAACAAGUGGCCCAACACUCGCCCAGAGUUAAUGUGUACUUCUGGGAGCAGACCUAUCAGAGUGGCGGCCAUUUGCAGGGCUGUGACGAGAAGACAAUGGGCAUCUGCCACGGAUCCGAUCUCGAGUUUGUGUUCUUCAGGACCGGCGCUAACCCUAAGCUCGACAUACCUUUCAGUAAAGAGUGGAUCACUUUAUGGACUAAUUUCGCAAAAACUGGGGUUCCGACGAGUGAUAAAAAGUGGCCAAAACUGGUGAACAAAGCG